AUGGUUCAUAAUGAUGACCUUAAAUUUACUCCCACAAAUUCUAAAUUUUUAGACCCUAGACAAGCAACAAAAUAUCUAAGUGAGGCGGAUGGAUUAUCAGCAGAAGAAAUGAUGGAUAACCGUAAAAAUGGAGGGUUAACAUAUAAUGAUUUUUUAAUACUACCAGGAUAUAUUGAUUUUCCCGCAUCAGAAGUUUCCUUAGAAUCAAGAAUAACCAGAAACAUUGUAUUAAAAACUCCUUUUAUGAGUUCUCCUAUGGACACUGUAACUGAAACCGACAUGGCUAUAAACAUGGCUUUACUUGGUGGAGUUGGAGUUAUUCAUAGUAAUUGUUCAUCUGAUGAACAAGCUGACAUGGUUAGAAAGGUUAAAAAAUUUGAAAAUGGGUUUAUCACGAAUCCCGUUUGUUUAACACCAAAUCAUACAGUUGCCGAUGUACGUAGAAUCAAAGCUCAAUUUGGUUAUAGUGGUAUUCCAAUAACCGCUAAUGGGAAAUUAUAUAGCAUACUUAUGGGUAUUGUAACGGCAAGGGAUAUUCAAUUUCACGAAGAUGAUACUACAUUAUUAAAAGAUGUGAUGACCACAGAUUUGGUGUUAGCACAAGAAGGAGUAACGUUGGAUAAAGCAAAUCAAAUUCUUCGUUCAAGUAAACGCGGAAAAUUACCCAUUGUAAACGCAAGAGGGGAAUUAGUAUCCUUGUUAGCACGUAGCGAUUUAUUAAAAAAUUUAAAUUUUCCAUUGGCAUCAAAAUCACCACAUUCAAAGCAAUUAAUUUGUGCAGCGGCAGUUGGUACUAGAUCCGAUGACAAAUUACGUCUUAGAAAGUUGGUUGAUGCCGGUUUGGACAUAGUAGUCUUGGAUUCAAGUCAAGGAAACAGUUCAUAUCAAAUUGAAAUGAUUAAAUAUAUUAAAAAUACAUAUGGUGAUAAUUUAGAUAUUAUUGCUGGUAAUGUCGUCACUAGAGAACAAGCAGCUUCUUUAAUUGAAGCCGGAGCUGAUGCAUUAAGAGUUGGUAUGGGUAGUGGUAGUAUAUGCAUUACUCAGGAAAUCAUGUCCGUCGGAAGGCCACAAGGUUCAGCGGUAUAUAAAGUAGCACAAUUUGCUGAACAAUUUGGUAUACCAGUAAUAGCAGAUGGAGGUAUACAAAAUGUUGGUCAUAUAACCAAGGCAUUAGCAUUAGGUGCAUCAGCAGUAAUGAUGGGUAGUUUAUUAGCAGGAACGACUGAAUCUCCAGGAGACUAUUUUUAUCAUGAAGGGCAACGAUUGAAAAAAUAUAGAGGCAUGGGUUCAUUAGACGCAAUGGAACGUCAUGGCUCUCAAGGUACUUCCGGUAAUUCUAAUGAUAAUAAUGCCGCUAAAAGAUAUUUUAGUGAAAGGGAUGUGGUAAAAGUAGCUCAAGGGGUUGCGGGUGCUGUGGUUGAUAAAGGUAGUAUAAGAAAAUUCGUACCUUACCUUAUUUCAGGACUUCAACAUGGAUUACAAGAUAUCGGUGCAAAAAAUCUAAAAAGAUUAAGAGAUGAUGUAAAAAGCAGUAAAAUUAGGUUCGAGUUAAGAACUGCCUCUGCUCAAGUUGAAGGCGGCGUACAUGGUUUAUACUCGUAA